GACCUCAAGCACAUCUGCCCCCUGGGCCAGGGCGCCUUCGGCAAGGUGACGCGCGUCAUGCACACGUCCACGGAGACGCACUACGCCCUCAAGGCCCAGGCCAAGUCCGCCAUCGUCGAGCAGGAGCUCCAGAACACGGUGCUCCAGGAGCGCGAGGUGCUCAUGCAGCUCGACCACCCCUUCGUGCUGAAGUUGGCCUGCGCCUUCCAGGACGACAAGUACAUCUACUUCCUGUUGGAGCUCCUGCCGGGCGGCGAGCUCUACAAGCACAUGACGAAGCGCAAGCGCUUCACGGAGCCGGAGACGAAGUUCUUCGCGAGUUCGGUGAUCCUCGGCUUCCAGCACAUGCACGAGAAGAACAUGGCCUACCGCGACCUCAAGCCCGAGAAUCUCGUGCUGGAUGCCGAGGGCUUCCUCAAGGUCGUGGACCUGGGCCUCGCGAAGAUGGUCGAGGGCAAGACGUUCACCAUGUGCGGCACGCCCGACUACCUCUCGCCCGAGGUCAUCCUCAACGAGGGCCACGACAAGUCCGUGGACUACUGGGCUUUGGGCGUGCUCCUCUUCGAGUUCGUCAACGGCGUGCCGCCCUUCUGCGCCGACGAGCCCAUGCGCAUCUUCGACAACAUCCUGAGCAACCGCAUCAAGAUGCCGUCGCACUUCGGCCGCCACCUCAGCGACAUCAUCCGCAAGUUCUGCAAGUCCAAGCCCUCCGCGCGGCUCGGCAACGGCCGCAAGGGCUUCGGCGCCAUCAAGAAGCACCGCUUCUUCUCCGGCUUCCCCUGG